ACUAGCUCCACUCUUUGACCUGCCUCGAGCGAUCGAAUCAACGAAGCGACUAUCUGCUGUCUCCUUUUCUCUUGAAAGAAAUGACUCGAGAGCGACAGAGAUAACAUAAUCGAUUCGAUCGCUCGAUGCUGAAAAGUGAAGCGAGUACUGCAGCCAUCUCCCUCCAUUCCAACUGGCUAGUUGCAAAAAGGAUCAUGGACCAUGUGCUUCUCUGUCGUUAAAGAUAAAAAUAAAAUAUUCAAAAAAAGUGUAGAUUGUGUAUAUAUAAUUUUUAAAUAAAUAUAUUUAUGUAAAUUUAAGCGCUUUAUGUGUACACAAGUAUCAAAAUGCAAAUGAAAGUUGUCAAUAACUCUAAUCUUAGGGAUACAUGCGUUAACCUUAUCGAAUUGGACGAUUCCCCUGUGAAGAAAAAACAAAAUAAUAAUUUGAUUGUGAAAAGAAAAGGCGGUGGGAGUAUAAUUGAUCAACGGCCAUUCUUUUCUAGUGAUGGAGAAACUCUACACAUAGUGUGGAAGAAUGUAAUAAGAGUAUAUAGCACGCAAACAGGAGAUUUUGUGCGAGAAUUUGAAUCUCUGGAUCACAGAAUUGCUGGUGUAACAGUGCAUCCAGAUAACGCCAGUGUUAUUAUUGGUUGCACUGAAAAUGGUGAAUUGAAUUUAUGGAAUUGCCAAAGUGGCAUUAACACGAAAAAAUUACAAUUAAAAUUUCCAGCCAAGAUUUUCAGCAAGGCAAAAAUUAAAACCUUUCACAUUGUGAAAUAUAGAACUGCUCAGGGAAAUGAGAUAUGUCAAACGUUAAUAACUUAUUUCUCUGAAGAUAAGAUAUAUGUACUUCUAUUUGAUAUAGAAACUGGAGUGUGCAUAAAAUCAAUACAUAUUUUCACCGAAUCACAAGAAUAUUAUAUUGAUAUAAUUGGGAAUCAUGGAGAGAAUUUAAUAGCACUUUUAAAUGAUACGGAUUUACAUAUAUUAAAUCCAGCUAGAAAUUUAGUAAAUAAAAUACACAAGACUGGUAAAACUGGCAGAUUACCUACUUGCAUAGCAGGACAUCCAGAAGAUGAGUGUGUUGCCACAGGAGAUUCUACAGGUCGUGUAGUGGUAUGGAGAAGUUUAUUCCAGAAUAGGCCAUACACAGCUGUUUUUCACUGGCAUACAUUACCAGUUACAGAAAUAGUGUUUAGCAAAUCAGGUGGCCAUAUGUAUACAGGUGGUGGUGAAUGCGUGUUGGUAAAAUGGACUUUAGCAAAUCCCCAACAUAAGUCAUUCCUUCCACGAUUACCGGCGCCUAUUAAACAUCUCACUAUUGCACCAGAUAAUUUAUAUGUUGCAGUAUCCACUUUAGAUAAUGGCAUUGUUGUUGUAAAUCCUCAAAGAAAAUUGACAUCAGUGAUACAAAAUUUUACAUGGGGUGUUGCUUCAUCGUCCAAAGAUUUAUUUCCUGCAGGGCUUAUUGUCGACCCGAGAACAGGUAGUCUCGUUCUAAAUAGCCGUACUGGACAUGUACAAUUUUACAACACUCAUACAAAAAAUCUAUUAUACAAUAUUAAUAUAACUGCUCAAAAUUUUUUGACCCAAGAACGCGAUGCAAUUAUUGUAAAUACAGAAGUUACAAAAAUAGCUCUGAAUCAUGAUGGUACAUGGAUGGCAACGGUUGAAGAACGAAAUGACAAAGUUUCGUCUAUAGAAGUUAGAUUAAAAUUCUGGCUCUACAAUCUGAAGACGCAAAUAUUUGUAUUAAAUACGUCCAUUGAAUUACCUCAUGAGAAUGGAAUUAAUGCACUACAUUUUCAACCAGAUACGACAUUUGACGAUGGAGAAUGGUUAGCAGUUACUACUGGAAAAGAUAAUAAAUUUAAAUUGUGGAAUUUGAGAAAAUCUUCUACUAUAGAAGAUAAAGAAACGAAACAUUGGUAUUGUUAUGGAGUAGGAGAUUAUCGCAAUUUACCUGCUACAGAUGCAGGUUUUUCAGCAGAUGGUUCGUUAUUAGCUGUUGGCUUUAAUUCUACCUUAACUUUAUGGGUGCCUGAAACUUGCGAGUUAAAAUCCAGUCUUACACAUUCUCAGUAUAAUCAUCCGAUAACACUAAUAGAAUUCGGCAAACACGAGGCCUGUCAUCUUGUUGUAAUUGUGUCUCAGCAGCACAUAACAGUUUGGAAUAUUUUAACUCUUGCUAUAACAUGGAGCGUAUCUUUGAAUGUCGUGAGUCUCACGUGUGAUCUAAAAUCUACAUACAUGGCAGCAUUUACAUCUGAUAAUUCAUUAUACGUGUUUACACCACAAAGUGCAACACUCAUUUAUAAGAAAGAAUGCCUCAUCGAAAGUACCAGUUCUAUAUUAGCAGCUACUUUUGUACCUCAUCUGCAGGAAAAACGUAAUUCCUUUAGUCAAUGGCAACGAAAGUCGCAACUAUAUUUUUUGGACUCGAAUCAGGAAUUACUGACCCUGGAGCCAGAAUCUGAAGCGAGUGUCUCGUUAGAGAUUAUUUCAGACAAAGGAACCAUGCCAUUGACUGCUUUCUCCAACUUUAUAGCGGCUCAAACAUCUUCGAGUAAGGAGCAGACUGUCGCGCAAGUUCAUGAACAUCUUGGCAUACCAGCGAAAGGAAUGAUACAAGAUUUACUUAGAAUUUCCUCUCACACUUUGCCACCGAUGAGACUAUUGUGCUUGUCAUUCAUUACGUCGCUGAUGGGACAACAAUUCUUAAGGAAUAAUUCCAGAAAUGCCGAAAACCUUAAAGACAGCGAUAACGAUGCUCAAGAUGAUGCUUCAGUUCUAAGCGAUAACGAGGCAUUACCACCGACGAAACCUGCGGUCACGCCGACGAACGAGAAAGAGGAUAUAAACGAGGAUGCAAACGUAGAACUUAUCAAUCAUGAUUGGUUUUUCCUAUCCACUAUAUUUCCUGAUCAAGAUAAUGCUUGAUUCGUGUAAAAAUUAUCAUGCGAACUACGAUGUAUUUCAGGAACAAAGCGACGAUUAAUUAGCGACGAGAGCCUUGGUUCAUUCGUGAUGAUGUUGAUGACAAGAUUGUUCUACGGUGUCGUUGGCAAAAAAAACGCGGAACUCCUCCUUGACCUGUAUACAGCGAAUUCGUCGUCAGGCAAUAUCCCACGCAUGUCUCUCAAGCAGCAGCUGUCAUUCAACAUUGCUUUACACACACUCUCGUGCGAAUGUCUCAUUUUCAUCUAUAUGAAAUAGUGAAAUGCGAAAAGAUUGAUCGAGACUCUUAGUUUUUAAGUUAAAAAUUGUUAACGACGCAAAAUUAAACUGGAGUUUUUGUAAUUGCCA